UCAAAAUUUUCGAACCCCUUCCCCACCUAUAAAACAAGACCGCAACCGAAACCCUUCUCAUCACCCAGAAAAGCUCCGAUCUUUGCACCUCCAUCCAGCUCCAUCUUCUUCGUACGAGUUCCGGGCGAGCUUCAUUCGGUGCUGAGAAAAUGUCGGGCAGAGGGAAGGGAGGUAAGGGGCUGGGGAAGGGCGGCGCGAAGAGGCACAGGAAGGUGCUGCGGGACAACAUCCAGGGCAUCACCAAGCCCGCCAUCCGGAGGCUCGCCCGACGGGGCGGCGUGAAGCGCAUAAGCGGGCUGAUCUACGAGGAGACCCGGGGCGUCCUCAAGAUCUUCCUCGAGAACGUGAUCCGCGACGCCGUGACCUACACCGAGCACGCCCGGCGGAAGACGGUGACCGCCAUGGACGUCGUGUACGCGCUCAAGAGGCAGGGGCGCACCCUCUACGGGUUCGGCGGGUGAAGAUGGGUUCUGUGCAGUGCGCAAGCUGGUGCUUUCUCGUGUAAUUUUUAUGCCGUUAACAAGAAAGGGAAAAGGAAGAAGAAGUAAAGGUGUAUGCUUUUGCUGGAUAGGGCGUAGAUUGUUUGGGUUGUAAUGUUGGGUAUUCGUUUCUUUCUAGUGGAAAUGAAAAAAAAUCGACUCUUUUUCAAGCUCGAGCUUGGGUUUUUGUUGGGUGCGUGCUAGGUGUUUGUUCCUUGAUCUCUUAGAACUCGGCUUAAGAAUGGGCUUACUUGCGCGUA